AUGGGCAAUCCCAAAGAUGAAAGCACCUCUGAAAAUGAGGUCCCUUCUAGUCUUAAUGAUCAGACUCCCGCAGCCAAGCCAGCGGUAAAGGCUCUGGAGAAUGGCCAGGGCAAAGAUGUCGACAUCGCUGCCCAGAUUCUUGCCGACUAUGGCGAAGAGUUCGACAGAAGCUGGACUCCUGAAGAAGAGAAGCGCUUGAUUCGGAAGGUUGACUGGAUGAUUGUUCCGAUCCUUUUUGUCUGCGCAACGCUUUCUGGCCUUGACAAGACCGCAAUCUCGGCCGCCGCCAUCUAUGGUAUCCGCCAAGAUCUCAAUCUGACAGGCGAGCAGUACUCAUGGGUCGGCUCGGCACCAUUCUUUGGGGGCCUUCUCUUCAUGGGCCCGUCCGCAUACUUUAUUCAGAGGCUAUCGGCUGUCGUCUACUUCUCGUUCGCCGUUCUAUGCUGGGGCGUUCUUGCCUGUUCCAUGGCCGCAUGCCACAGCUUCGAAGAGCAGCCCCGUCGGAAUAGCAUCAUUCUCAACGUUGUGGCUCCCAUCAUCAACGGCUUUGUUGCAUGGGUGAUCGGCUACUACAACGGAUCCUAUGCGAAGUGGAAGAUAGUCUUUCUUCUCGUCGGCUGCGUUACCAUUGCGUGGUCUGCCGUCAUUUUCUUCUUUCUCCCCAGCAACCCGCUUGAGGCGAAGAGACUGAGCCCGCGAGAGAGGUACAUCAUCAUCCAGCGAAAGGCGUCUGACAACACAGGCAUCGAAAACAAGGUUUUCAAACCUGCACAGGUUAAAGAGGCUUUUGCGGAUGUCAAAACUUGGCUGAUUUGGUUCGCCAUUAUUGCGCUUCAAGUUCCCAACGGCGGGUUAACUACGUUCAACACUCUUAUCAUCUCUGGACUGGGCUUCAACCCUCUUCAGACCUCCCUACUAGCUAUGCCUCCGGGUGCGAUGAGUACAAUUUCCGGUAUAGUCCUGUCUUAUAUCGCGUCAACAACCCGCAAAUAUCGCACUCCGAUCGUAGCAGGCUCAAUCCUACUUCCUCUCUUUGGAGCCCUGUUAUGCUAUAACCUCCCUCGCGACAACCUCGCCGGUCAGCUCAUUGGUCUUUACAUCCUGUACACAUAUUGGGCGCCCUACGUCACAUUGGUCUCUGUGUACCAGGCAAACAUCGCCGGACAUACAAAGAAAGUCACACUGUAUGCUUGGUUUUAUGUGGCUUGGGCAGCUGGCAACAUUGUGGGACCUCAGACCUUUCGCCAAGAGCAAGCACCAGCCUAUACCGGUGGCACUAUUGCAAUGAUUGUGUGCUACGUGGUGGCCAUGAUUUGUGUCCUUGCAUAUGGUGCUCUUUGUGCCAUGAGUAAUCGUCGCAGAGAUGCGGAGGCAAAUGAACAAGUCGUUGCCUCGCAGGAUUGGCUAGAUUUGACUGAUAAAGAGUACAAGGGCUUUAAGUACACGACUUGA